AACACACGCACUCUCUCUCUCUCUCUCUCUCUCUCGAUACCAUCUGUCAGUACCUCUCUCGUUGCAUCUCCUCCUACCUUUUGUGUUCGACGAUUCGCCGGAAAACUCGGCACCAAUCAGUCGGAAAUUUCAGAUUUCGGUAGAAUAAUUUAUUGGGCAACUUUGUGUUAACGUCAACAGCUGACUGAACUGGGGCUCAAUUUGAAGUGUUUUCAAACCCUAGGUUAUGAAGCCGCCGGUCACCGUACGAUUGGGUUUCAGCUGACUAACGGUCGGAUUCGUCCCCGGAUGGAGGGAGGUAGCGUCUCUAGACUUACUUACUAUGAAAUAAACCGAUGGAUUAUGAUGACAAUGACUCUCAAGGCCAUAAUCUUCAUUUAGCUGGUGAAGGGAGCUCCAAAUUCUCUCCUGUUCUGAGUCCUUACGCUCUUCCGAAGUUUGAUUUUGAUGACAGCCUCCAGGGACAACUAAGGUUUGACAGUUUGGUCGAAAACGAGGUUUUUCUUGGCAUCCCGAGUCAAGAAGACAAUCAGUGGAUUGAGGAUUUCUCUAGGGGUAGUAGUGGAAUAGAGUUCAGUUCAAGUGUUCCAGAAUCUUGUUCCAUUUCGAGGCAUAACAAUGUUUGGUCUGAGGCAACAUCCUCAGAAUCUGUUGAAAUGUUAUUAAAAUCUGUGGGGCAGGAGGAGAUGGUCCUAGGAGAAACUGUCAUUAAAGAGUCUGAUGCUUCUGAUGAAUUGGGUAGCUUAACCAAGCAAAUGGAGUCUAAUUCGAAACAGGAUGAUAGAAUGAAGGACGUUAUAGAUUCACACCCUGCACUACCACCAAGUCAGUUUCUUGAAAACUCUUCUAGGUUGGAUGAGAGUACCGAAAGGACACACCCUCAUGUUGAAGGAGCUUCACAAACACAAGUGGUUGAAUUAUCUUCCUAUGGAAGUUCAAGUGAGUUGGAACCAAGCGCUGUUGAUGAAAAGUGUGGUUUAUGUGUGACUGAGAAGAAUCUGGCAACUGAUAGAAAAUGUAAUAAUGCAAAUGAAGCUGAAGCCGAUACUUCAGUGAAUGAAUCUCUCGACAAGAAGAUGGAAAAAGAACCCUCUGUUUCUGGGAUGCAAAUUUGUCAAUCCUCUUCACAGGAUAAUGUUGCAAGUGUGGGGGAGUUGAACAAUCAGGAAAUCCAACAUCAGCUUAGUUUUGAGAAUGUCAAUGGUUUAUCAAAUGACAUUAGUAGGAGAGCGGAUGAAGAACAUGUUGUUAGUAAAGACGCGAAUUUGGAUGAUUUAAAUUUUAAGGGAAGUGCAGUUGAAACUGGUACAUAUAAUCUACUGAGUCCUCUCAGUUCUGCUCCAAAGUCGGAUUCUUUAGAUGGACUUGCAAUUGAAUCUAAUACCAAUAAUUUUGAAGAAUCUUUUUUGCCACUAGAGAGGGAUGGUGACAUGCAGAUAGCUGAAGAAUGCAGUGAGGGUGCUUGUUCCAUAGACCCUGCUCUGGGCAGCAAGCGUGGAGCUGUGGUUUUGUCUAAAAGCACAGAGAUUAAUCAGCAAUGUAGGGGAGAUAUGCAAGGGGCACCUGUAGUUUUUCAAGGUGAUGGUAAUAUCGAGGGACAUGCUGUUGAGAUGGGUUCUAACAUGCAGAUAACAGAUGGGCAGAGCAGUUCUAUUGAGAAGAAAGAGAAUCUUUUGGAAAGUGAUCACCAAUUGUUUUGUGAGGCUUCAGUUAAUAAUUCCGAGGCAUCUUUGUUGUCUGGGGUACAUUAUGAAUGUUCUAAUGGUCAAGGUGAUGGAAGCAGCAAUGAUCACGUGGGAGAUCCUUCUAAUUUAAUGGUAGUUUGCUCUUCAAAUGAGUUACUUUUGGAAAAAAAUCCAAUUGAAGAUUUAGAAGUUGUUAACGAUCCUUCUGCAAUCCACAAAAAGGACUUAAAUGCUGAACAUAAUGUUUCGCCUCCCAUGCUAGCUGGUUCUGUGCAAAUAUGCGAAAGAGAUUUGAUCACCAAACAGGGUGGUGACGUUCACCAUGCUGAAGAUGUCUCUCUCAAUGAAAAAGGAAAUGAAAAGUUGUCUAUUGAUGCACGUGAUUUGGAUUGUGAGACUGUUGGAUCUCUUAGACUGGAUAGUCUAGGUGAAGGUAUUAAAGAAAAUGACAUGAUAGUGCAUAAAUCGGAGCAUGAUCCUACUGCCAUGAAUGAACUGGCAAUGAAUGUUGCUUUGGAAAAUACAAACUUAGCAUCACAUACGAAAUUGGAUAAUGUUUCCUUGCCAUCUGUAAAUGGUGCUGCUGCCGAUGGAGUUACUAGUCACGGUGACGAGCAGAAGUUACCCUCACCUGUAGUUGGGUUUAUGCACUUGGAUGGAAGUGAAGAAACCAAAGUUCAAGUUUCAAAGGAAGCAAAUUUAUUGACCCUGAAGAAGUGUUCAAAUGGGGCAAAUGAGCUAGGUCCUGUUUCUGGACUUGAAACAGGGUCUAGUGAUUCUGCCAACCAAUUGCUGCAGGUAACGGUUGAUCAGUCAUUGUCAAUGGUGGAGUCUCAUGAUACAGCAAGCCGGAAUGAACAUGCAGAGGCAGGAAAUCUUAUUCAAGAGGGCUCUAGGAAGUUGAAAGACAACCCUGUUCUUUGUGAUUCAUUUGUAAAAGAGUAUGGUAAUGAAGCUGUAGUUCCUGAAAAUCAUGGAAAAACAACAAGAGGGGAAAAUCAUGAUGCAGUGACCUCGGGGAUUGCAGUCGAUGUAUCAAAGGAUCAUCAAGGCCUUCUGUCUGAAUGCGAUGCUGAUUGUGCGCUUGAAGGUGGAGGCAGUUCUGCAGAUUCUGAUAAACCCAAUCCUGGUUCACCCAUUGUCAUUAGUUGCACUGAGCUUUCUAAAAGUGAAAAAGACUUGCAAGAGGGAGUUAAGGGGUCCCUGGGUUCAAUUGUUCCACCUUCUGAAGUCACUGAUGAAAUUGCCAACAAAGUUCAGUCAUCUUCCCCGAACCAAAGGGGAAGUGAUGCCACCAAAGAUGAGAGCAGCUUCAGUUUUGAAGUCGGUCCAUUGACAGGUCUGUCUGAAAGAGAAACUGGCAAGGGUUUGCAAUCAUUUUCUAGUGCUCCUCCUUGCAAAAUAUCCACGGUUGUGGAAGGAACAUCAACCUCUGGCGUGGGGCAAAUGGAUCCUGUGAUUGUGCCAGAAAUUUCUCAUGGUAGUAAAGCACCUAAUGGAGAGAAUUCCCGUAGGCGUUCCAAAGGCACCCUUGAGCGUAAAACAAGGCGAGUCUCUGGUAAGCCAACAGGGAAAGAAAAUACUAAAAAGGGAAACCUUGUGAAGGAAUCGACCCUUGCGAAACAGCCAGAAAGAGGGGAUAAAUCAUAUAUUGUGUCCUUGAGUCCCUCUGGGACUGGUCAACUUGUGCAAUUUGAAGGGUUGAAGCCUUAUGGAAAUGUUGAAAACAGUGGUACAAGACAAUGUGGUGUCAUUUCCAUUCCUGCAUCUAAUAUGCUGGAUUUAAACUCUUCAACUCUGUCGUCUGCAUUAUUUCAACAACCUUUCACGGAUUUGCAACAAGUGCAGUUGCGGGCACAGAUCUUUGUUUAUGGAUCUCUGAUACAAGGAACAGUACCUGAUGAGGCUUGUAUGGUUUCAGCCUUCGGGACAUCCGAUGGUGGGAGGAAUGUCUGGGAACCUGCUUGGCGCGCUUGUAUGGAAAGUAUCCAGGGUCAGAAAUCCCAUCCCAGCAAUUCUGAUACCCCUAAUCAAUCACGUUCAGGUGCCAAAGCUUCAGAUCAAGCAAUUAAAAAAGGUGCAUCCCAGAACAAAGUGCUUUCUUCACCUGGCGGCAGAGCAUGCAGCAAGGGUGCGCCUUCACCGGUUGUUAAUUCUAUGAUACCCCCUUCAUCACCACUUUGGAAUACAUCUAACAGUUUGCAGUCCAGUGGUGUUGCGAAGGGCACACUUCUUGAUUAUCAAACACUUUCUCCGUUGCAUCCUUAUCAUACUCCACCUACGCAUAAUUUUGUUGGACAUAACACUUCUUGGCUAUCUCAGUCCCCUUUUCCUGGUUCCUGGGUUGCUUCUCCACAAACUUCUGCAUUUGAUGGCAGUGCUCGUUUUUCUUUGUUGCCCAUUACAGAAGCCGUAAAAUUGAACCCUGUCAAAGAAUCAUCUUUGUCUAUUUCUUCCAGCACAAAGCAUGCAUCGUCUAGUCCUGUGGUUCUCAGCGGGGGUCCAAGUGUCUUUGCAGGGGCUUCUUCCCUGCUUGACCCAAAGAAGGUGAUGGUAUCACCUGGCCAGCAUUCUGCUGAUCCAAAGUCUAGAAAGCGGAAAAAGGUUCCUGUUUCUGAGGAUCUUGGUCACGCAUCUUUGCUUGCUCAAACGCAGACAGAAUCAUUAUCCACUCCUGUGGUUAGUAGUCAUUUGUCCACAUCAGUUGCCGUUACAACUGCUUUCCCUGUGUCUAAGAGCAAUGCUAGUAAAUUUGUUUCAAAUGUAAAGCCUACAUCUUCCACUGACCAACUGAAACUAGGGGAUCAGAAUGCAGAGCAGAAGGUUACAAUUUCGGAGGGCACUUUUAAAAAUGUUGAAUUGGCUAAGCUAGAAGCAGAGGAGGCUGCUACUCUUGCUGCUGCUGCAGUUAGUCACAGCCAAGGUGUAUGGAAUCAGUUGAAUAUGCAUAAGAAUUCUAGAAUGAUUUCAGAUGUUGAAGCUAAGCUAACUUCUGCAGCUGUUGCAGUAGCAGCAGCUGCUGCUGUUGCCAAGGCAGCAGCUGCAGCUGCUAAGGUUGCAUCAAAUGCUGCAUUGCAAGCAAAACUUAUGGCUGAGGGUGCAUUGGCUAGUGGAACUGGCAAUACGGUAAUAUCUCGUUAUAAUACCAUUAACAAUUUUGGGAAGGCUACUCCAUCAUCCAUAUUGAAGGGAGAGGGAGGGGAUGGGAGCGACUAUUCUAGUUCAAUCAUAGUUGCUGCGAGGGAAGCUUCUAGGGGGAAGCUCGAAGCUGCUUCAGCUGCCUCAAAGCACGCCGAAAAUUUGGAUGCCAUAGUAAAAGCUGCAGAGCUGGCAGCAGAAGCAGUAUCUCAAGCAGGGAAAAUUGUUUCUAUGGGUGAUCCUUUACCUCUCAGAGAGUUAGUAGAUGCUGGUCCAGAGGGCUACUGGAAAGUUCCCUUGGUACCUUCUGAACAUGGUGUAAAAUCAAACAAAGUGAGUAAAGACCGUUAUAACAUGGACGGUAUUGAUUCUGUUGAAGAAGGCAUUAAUGUUUCUGCUAAACAAGCCAAGGAGGGACUAUUGGAUGAGAGUCCAACCACUGACCAUGGUCUGCCUCCUCUUUCAAGAGAGAUCUCCAGAGAGUUGGUGAAGGACCACACAGGAGAGGUUGAUGGCAUCUCAGGGUCCAUUACAAACAAUGAAAAGAAUUUAAGAGGGAGAAAAGGUCGUAGAGCUUCUGACUUGGCCAAAACCAUAGGGGUGGUUCCAGAAUCUGAGAUUGGAUCAAGAUCUACUUCUGUCAUAAUUCAGGACGAGAAUGAAAAAGCGCCAGGGAAUUUGGCAGAAAACGGCAUCAAGGAGGGUUCCCUUGUUGAGGUUUUCAAAGAUGGUGAUUUUAAAGCAGCCUGGUUCACCGCCAAUUUAUUGAGUUUAAAGGAUGGAAAAGCUCUUGUCGGUUACACUGAACUCCAGUCAGAUGGAGGUUCAGGGCAUUUGCAGGAAUGGGUAGCAAUUGAAGGUGAAGACAACAAGGCACCAAGAAUACGUACUGCCCAUCCUAUGACUACUAUGCGGUUUGAAGGAAUGAGGAAGAGACGCAGAGCAGCUAUGGGUGAUUAUGCUUGGUCUGUUGGUGAUAGGGCUGAUGCAUGGGUGCAAGAUUGCUGGCGAGAGGGAGUUGUCACUGAAAAGGACAUAAAUGAUGAAACUGCAUUAUCUGUCCGUUUUCCAGCUGAAGGAGAGACAUCGGUUGUUAGAGCAUGGAAUCUGCGUCCAACUCUUAUUUGGAAGGAUGGGAAGUGGAUUGAAUGGUCCACUUCAAGAGAAAAGGACAGUUCUUUUCAGGGUGAUAUGCCACAGCAAAAGCGAUUAAAGAUGGGCAGUCCUGCAAUACAGGGCAAAGAUAAUGAUAAAAUGUCAAAAAAUAUUGAUCUUGUGGAUUCUAGGAGAGCGGAACAGUCACAUUUACUGCCCUUAACCGAGAAUGAAAAGAUAUUUAAUUUUGGUAAUCAUAGCAGAGACGAGAACAAGCCUGAUGUACUUAGAACAUUAAGGUCUGGUCUGCAGAAAGAAGGCUCAAAAGUGAUUUUCGGUGUCCCGAAGCCUGGAAAGAAAAGGAAAUUUAUGGAUGUAAGCAAACACUAUGAUACAGAAAGGAGCAGUAACAAUGAUGAAUCAAAUGAUUCGGUUAAAUUUGGAAAAUGCUUGAUGCCUCAAGUUUCUGAUUCCCAUGGAUGGAAAAAGGAUUCUAAAAUUGAUUUCAAGGAAAAACAGGAAGCUGAAUCCAAGCCUAAGGUGGUUAAGUCUAGGAAACCGCCUAGUGUUCCAGGCAGAACUUCAUCUCAAAAGGAUAAGUUUAUGACAUCUGCCCGAAGUGAUGGCACCAUGACAGAUCAUGUAAUGAAAGAUUCUAAUAGCAAUGAUGAACAUGAAUCAGGGCAGAGGAACUUGAGGGGAUUCAGAUCAUUUUCCAACUCCGAGGAAGCCGAUGCGGAAGAAGGCCAAACUUUAUUUUCUUCACUGGCUCUUCCAUCAGACGUUUCAUCUAAGAAAUUACCGGCAUCAAAUGCAAAAUCUGAACGUCUGAAUAAAGGAAAACUUGCAGCCUCUGGUGGAAAGUUCGGUAAAAGCGAAGUGAAGGACAAGGUCUAUAAUGGUAACAUGGGAAAAACAAUUCCCGAAGUUGUGGAGCCCCGUAGAACAACUCGCAGAAUUCAGCCUACAUCAAGGCUAUUGGAAGGAUUACAAAGUUCACUGAUCAUCUCAAAGAUUCCUACUACUUCACAUGACAAAAACCACAAAAGCACAAAGAAAGGUACUUCAAGAGGGAAUAACCAUGGUUGAGAGGAUCUUUGACAAUGAUGAGAUCUAGUCCAAAGAAAUUUGGUGGCUACCAUGUGAUUGAAACACCCGGCUUAGGGUUUGUGUAUAUUAAAAAUAGUGGAGAAUACUAGGGUUUUGAAUCUCUCUCGUCCCAAGCUUCCGCUGUAAAAUUUAGUUAGUAGAUGUUAAUAUCGAUUUUUAGUUUUCUUACACAAUUAUGAGAUGAUCUUCCUAGGUUCAUGAUUAUAGGUUGUAGAAGGAAUUCUCAAUGUAGUUUAUUUAGGAACAGCUUCUCAAAAGAACCAUUAUAACAAAACAUUUCGCACCUUCAAUUGAUCAUAUUCACAUCUUUUGGAAUA